AUGGCCCACUGGAAAGAGGAGUACUCCGCCGCGCUGGCGGCUCGUGAUCGACGAGAGAAAGCCAGCAUAGCUAUCUACGAUGCUUAUACCCAACUGGCCGAUCGCACGGUUCACAUAGGAGCAACGGCUAGCAACCCACAGAGAUCAGAUCCGGUUGAAGCGCAGCAUGUGCCACCCGACACUUCAGCAUCCCGCUCCAGCAAAACGCCGACAGGAGCAGGCGCACAAGACCCAUCUUUACAGGAGACUCUCCUAGCAACACGUGCAGACCUGGCAGAGGCACAGCGGUCACGCUCCGAACUGCAGGACCAGCUCACACGCAUGACCACUGACCUAGAGAAGCUGCGGAAGAGAAGCACUCAGGAUAGCAGACGGAUCCGCUUAUUCGAAACCGAGAUUGCUCAUCUUCAACUACGUUUGAAGGAUCGAGAUGAAGAGUUGCGUGGGAAGGCAAAGCUACUGGAGGAUUUCCAAGACGAGCUGGCAUCGUUGAAUCUUCAACUGAAUAUGGCUGAAGAACGGUCAUCCCGACUGCAGAAAGAGAACCAAGAUCUCGUUGAUCGCUGGAUGGCUAGAAUGGGUAGGGAAGCAGAAGCCAUGAACGCUGCCUCUGAGUUCUCAUAG